AUGGAGGUGCCAGCUACUAUCAGGUUUGCAUUAGACGGAGAAAUGACGCCCUAUUUACUUGUUAAGGAUCUGAUUUUGCAAUGUGUUUGGCACCAUGAAUUGUAUUAUGUCAAGGUUCUUUCUACCUCUUUUGUGCUUCUGGAAAUUGUAUUCUCUCAUAUGUGUGAACCUUUGGCAUCUGGCACUCAUCACCGUCCAACUUCUCUACAUGAUCGUGGGAGGGAUAGCGAUGAUGACGACUUCCGAGACAGAGACUAUGAUGUGGCAGCACUUGCUAAUAAUCUGAGUCAGGCAUUUCGAUAUGGGAUAUACAACAAUGAUGACAUUGAAGAGGCACAAGGAUCCCACGAACGAGAUGAUGAGGACAGCAGUUCCCUCUUCACGAAUUCAAACUGGUUUACGUUUGAUGGUGAUAGAGGAAUCAAUGAUCGCCUAGCUGCCUCUGUUCCUUCAUCAUCCCCCAAUUCUGAAGAGAUUUCCUUGAACGCGGAGGAAACUGAUGAAGUGCUAACUGGUGAAACCACCGGCACCGAGUCACUGUUGGAAAGUGCAUCCCUUGAAAAUGGUCCUGUUGAGGAAGCCAUGGAACUAGUAGAAGUUGCUAACGACAGUGAUGCUACCACGGUCAGUGAGAAAAUUUUGUGUACAAAAGAGGAUAGUGCAUCCCAUGAGUCUGAAACCUCUGAGCGGCCUGUGGAUGCUCAAGAGGGCCAGACUGGAGGUGCGGCUGAAGCGUCAAGCAUAGAGGGAGCAGCGAAUGAACCUUGCAGCUCUUUAAAAACGUGUGUUACCUUGUGCUAA